CGGGGCGGCGCGGGGCGGCGCGCGCGCGGGCGGGGCGGCGCGGCGCGGGGCGCGGGCGGACUCGGGCUGCCUCCACCUUCCGCAGCGGGAGCGGCGGGAUCCGCGGGAGCGCCAAUGCCUGGACCGACCCAAGCCCUGUCCCCAAAUGGCGAGAACAACAACGACAUCAUCCAGGAUAACGGGACCAUCAUCCCCUUCAGGAAGCACACGGUGCGGGGGGAGCGCUCCUACAGUUGGGGAAUGGCGGUCAACGUGUACUCUACCUCUAUAACCCAAGAGACUAUGAGCAGACAUGACAUCAUCGCAUGGGUUAAUGAUAUAUUAGCUUUAAACUACACAAAAGUUGAACAACUCUGUUCAGGAGCAGCUUACUGCCAGUUCAUGGACAUGUUGUUCCCAGGGUGUAUUAGCUUGAAGAAAGUAAAGUUUCAAGCAAAGCUGGAGCAUGAAUACAUUCACAACUUCAAACUUCUGCAAGCAUCAUUUAAAAGAAUGAAUGUGGACAAGGUAAUUCCAGUGGAAAAACUGGUCAAAGGGCGUUUCCAAGACAACUUGGAUUUCAUUCAGUGGUUUAAGAAGUUCUUUGAUGCUAACUAUGAUGGAAAGGAGUAUGAUCCUGUGGAAGCUCGACAAGGCCAAGAUGCUCUUCCCCCACCAGAUCCUGGUGAACAGAUCUUUAAUCUGCCCAAAAAGUCUCACCAUGCAAACUCUCCCACUGCAGGUGCUGCUAAGUCCAGUCCAGCUUCUAAACCAGGAUCAACACCUUCUCGCCCAUCUUCAGCAAAAAAAGCUGCACCAAGCAGCUCAGCAUCCAAAUCAGAUAAAGAUUUGGAAACUCAAGUCAUACAGCUCAGUGAACAGGUACAUUCAUUAAAACUUGCACUUGAAGGCGUGGAAAAGGAAAGGGAUUUCUACUUUGGCAAAUUAAGGGAGAUUGAACUUCUCUGCCAAGAACAUGGGGGAGAGAAUAAUGACCUUGUCCAUCGGCUAAUGGAAGUUCUUUAUACCUCAGAAGAACACGAGAGCCACACAGAAGAGCAUGAAGGUGAAGAGCAAGUCCAUGAACAGCCCCAGCAGCAGGAGGAGUACUGACUCACCCAACGUCUCUGACAAUUUUCGUUACGUGUGAGAACUUUCUUCUGGAGAAUGGAAAGUGUGUGGCCUCAAACUUGAAAUCAGUUCACUCCCAGUCUGCCAUUAACAUUUAUGUACCAUAGUGAGUGCCAGCCAACCACUGCAUUCUGUACCCAUACUUUGCCAAGAUGCAUUUGCAGAAGUCUUCUUUCAGUGUAUCUUCCCAAGAGGUUGUAGGGCUACAUCUCCUACUGUACAUCACUGCAACUUCACCACUUGGCUGCUUGAGAUGUGUUCUGCUCUUUAAAAAGAAUAUAUAUAUUUAUUUUUUUCUUUUUGUCUUAAGUAUGAUACACUUGUAACUUGUUCUAACAUAUUUAUAUUGGCAUUUUGUGUGGCAAGAAGUACCGUACCACUUGCUGUGUCUCUCACUUUGUGGUGCUUUGGCGUUUUCUAGUACAUCUGCCUUGGGGCAUAAAUUCGGUCAAACAAUUGGAAUAAAGGGAUACAGUGGGAGUUAUACUCAAGCCAUAACGAUGAGGUGUGUUGUGGAGAAAAAUGCUUGUGUUGCUCACGUUUAUUCCUUUCCCGCCUUCACAAAAUGGAAGGCAAAACAUCUGUUUUACUAGGAAAGAUUUAAACCCCUGUGUUAGAAAGCUUGUUAGAAAGCUGCAUGAUAUGUUUUUUGGCUUAUUUCUGGAGGAUAGACAUCCACAUAAGUUUUGAAAACCCUCCCAGUUUCUUGACUAGUCAACAGACAUUUCCCAGCUUUUCUUCCUUCCUGAGGAAUUCUGUCCCAGCCUCCAGCCUCAGCUCUGCAUCCACAGAGCUCGGGGCUGAUUCAGGAGACAGAUCUCCUUGACGAAAUUGUAGCUGCAGGACACCAUCUCUGGCCUCAUACCUGACUUCCCACUCCCCAGAAGAGGACAAAGUAGGCCAGCCAUUUCUUUUUGCUAUCUUCCCCCUGCCGCCCUGGCCAUACAAGUAUGGAAGAUGGAAAAUUUCCUUCUUAGUGCUAGGCAUGCUCACAGCUUAUGCACAGGCCAGCAACAGAAGUAGCCCUGGAAACCCCUGCAUGCUCUCCAAGCGGGCGGUGAACACCUUGUGGGUGUUGAGGCUACUUCUGAAGCUCGGAGAAGCAGCAAGAAGUCCUGGAGACAGCGCGCGUCAGAGAGGGACCAACUGAUGCAGGGGGACAAAAGCAGCUCUGCACUUGGCCGACCUCCCUCCUGGCGAGGCUGGCGCCUUGCAGACCCACAUCUAACCUGGAGAGGUCCGCACCAAGGGUGGUCCUUCCUAAUAAGGUCCCCAUUAUCCUGUUCUAAAUGAUGGUAUUUUAUAAACAGAAAUAUCUUAAUGUGUUACAAAGCAUUCCUUAUUUUUAUCACAUUCUAGUCUCUUUGAAUAUUUAAUGCUUGGUAUUCUUGGUCUCUCACUCGAUUUCUUAAUUCUGGAUUGUUACUCUGGUUUAGCAGGUACACAGAAGUCCCAUCCCAGUCUACAGUCACUGAAAAACUCAAAAAGCUAUUGAACAGCUAAAUCAUCCUAGCUCUUUAUGGAAUCCUAAAGUGUAAGUUCUCAGCUUACACUUCCAAAAGGCUUUUAAAUAACAUCCCUCCGCUCCUAAAAUACACACGCGUGCGUGCACACGCGCACACACUUUUCUGUUUUUAAUAAAUAAUUUGCAGCUAAGUGGCUCUUCGCUAAAUGAGAUCACUGCUGUUGCUUUACGCCACAGACAAAAUAUAAAAUACUGUUAAACAUUAGAACAGGUAUUUCCAUCUUCUCGGUUGUGCCCUCUGCUCAGCAGAGGGGUUUCUAGACCCUCUGGGUUGGGAGUUUUCUGGCCCUGCCUCCAGCAUUGACCUCACUUCCUGCCUGAUCCUGGUGAAAGUGCUGCAACCUGCAGGCCAGCACUUUUGUUUCUGAUUUCGAUUAGUUACAAAUAAGAUCUGAGUUAUAAAAAUUGUGUGUUUUCCAAAGUAUUUCCAAGAAUCACCACAAAUGGGGGAAUUGUCAUUUUCAUUGUAUUUGUGUUUAUUAGAGCAUAUGUAUUUAUUACAAUUGUCAUUGUAAUAAACAGUAGUUCUUCAUAAUACUGUUGAACUGAAGAGCAGUUACUAAUUUUUUUCCAGUCUCCAGAAUGUCCUUUAACAUGUUUGGGAUUUCCGAUGGCGCAAGGAGUUUGGGAUCAGGCUGUAAACUCGAUUUCAUCAGCAGCGGUCUGUGAUUACUGCGUUCAUCCUUCUGCUAGUACUUGAGCAGGGGCGUGCAGGGCGAGCUCUUUAAGAAAAAAUGUUUUUCUAAAGGUGCAAAGGGUUGGCUUGUCCAGUUCUGAGGGAACAGAGCCAGGCCGUUGCGCCGCUGUCCUUUUCUCUCUUCAGAGCACACACACAAAAGCUGAACUUUGUUUCCUGAAAAUUCCUUUUUUUCCCCCCCCCUAUUUUUGGUCUGAGGGCCAUAGCACUCUCACUGCUUGUAUCAAGGAGGAAGUGACUGAGGUAGGGAGCUGGGGCAGUAAAUUACCUCUUGGGCACUAGAAAUUUGGCUGUGCUGAGGGGAGAGCGAUGCUCUGAGAGGGGAAAGAGUUGUCCUUCGCCCCCCUUCCCCCUGUGAGUAACCCAUUAUUCCGUUAUGGUUUUAAUAUGCAUUUGUAAUUACCUUUACUAAAUAGCACACCAUAAAGCUUUGGUUAUAUAUUAAAUGUAAACUGAAAGGAAUGUAAACAUAUGUAUUGUUAAUUAUAAAUAGAUAAGUAAUGACAUAAUAGAUACAAAAAGUCUUAUUCAGAUGUAUCGGUCAUUUUACGUUAUCCACAAAUUGUCGCAUGGUAGAGUAGAUUUUUGUCUGAAUAUGUGAAUAACUUGACUUGCGUUUAUCUUUUUACAUAUUUAAUAAAAAAAAAAGUGAAAAUCUG